UGUUGACAUAGGUCAGUCGUAGAGAGGAGCAGUUUGUGCACCGAGUGCAAUAUCAUUUCAUCGUGACCUGUACAGAAAUAUCUGUACAGCUGUCAUGUUACACGUCGUAUUACAGCCACAUCAAAGUUGCGUUUAUCAAAGUCGCCAUGCCACGUGCGACCUUUUUUUUCACUGUCUGUUAAUAUCGAAAAUGAUAAAGAUAUUAUUUGCCCCGGACCUUCCCACUCGCGCUGUGCAUAUCCCUGAUUUAUGCUGAAAGCUUUCUCAACGGGCAAUUUUUGACUCCCAUAAGAUACCUUCAUUUUUCACAAGAACAAAAGAUUGUAAACAUAAUGAUCUCUUUAGGUUGCCAGUAAUAAAUAACAAUGAAUAGGUUUGGUCGACCACAACUGGCACGUAUUUAAUGAAUUAAAAUUAAAAAGUACAACGCGACGUCUCGACCAAGGGUUUAGGCCCUUCUCAAGCACAUUCUUAGAAAUAAUCAAGCCAAUGUAACAUGCAGUCAAAUGAUAAAACUCCAAAGGAGAAAGGAUGCGGCAGUUAAUAUGGAAGGGCAGUUUCUGGUGCGACAAAUUUAUGAAGAUGAGAUUACGUAUAAUCUGAUAUCCGCCGCUGUUAAUAAGCUUAAUAUACCUGCCAACGAAAUACUCGAGUUGUUUGGUCGAAUGUUCUUCGAGUUCUGCCAAGAUUCCGGUUACGACAAGAUCCUUCAAGUUCUUGGAGCAACACCUAGGGAUUUUUUGCAGAAUUUGGACGCGCUUCACGAUCAUUUGGGUACGUUAUAUCCGGGCAUGAGGGCACCAUCGUUUAGAUGUACGGAAAGACCCGAGGACGGGGCACUUAUUUUGCAUUAUUAUUCGGAUCGACCUGGUUUGGAACACAUCGUUAUUGGAAUUGUUAAGACCGUCGCGAAAAAACUGCACGGCACGGACGUUGACAUGCAAAUAGUGAAGACUAAAAGCGAAUGCGAUCAUGUGCAAUUCCUCAUAACUGACACAUCAGGGCCAGGAGUCGUAUCAAACCCUAUGAUCGCUGAAUUGGAAACAUUGUCUGUUGAGCCAAAGGUCAGCCCGACGACGUUCUGUCGAGUCUUUCCAUUCCACCUGAUGUUCAAUCGGGACCUCACGAUAGUCCAAACCGGAUGUACCAUAACACGUGUUAUACCGCGUGUUGCCAGCGGUCAUUGCAAACUAAGCGACAUUCUCUUAACUGUCAGGCCGCACCUGGAAUUAACAUUUGAGAAUAUAUUGUCUCACAUUAAUACAGUUUAUGUAUUGAGAACGAAAAAGGGGGUGAUGCGUGUCGAUGCUGCCGAGGAAUAUUCGUAUUUGCGCUUGAAGGGUCAAAUGUUGUACAUACGCGAGACCGAUAUGGUUAUCUUUCUAUGUUACCCGAGUGUUAUGAACCUGGAUGACUUAACUAGGCGGGGCCUCUACUUGAGCGACGUCCCACUGCACGACGCCACUCGGGAUCUGGUCCUGAUGUCGGAGCAAUUCGAGGCGGACUACAAACUGACGCGCAACUUGGAAUUGCUCACCGAUAAGCUGCAGCAGACGUAUCGCGAGCUCGACGGCGAGAAGCAGAAGACCGACAGGUUGCUUUACUCGGUGCUUCCUAUCUCGGUGGCGAACGAGCUCAGGCAUUCACGACCGGUGCCGGCGAAAAAGUAUGAUUGCGUUACCCUACUGUUCUCCGGGAUAGUCGGUUUCGGCGCUUACUGCGCCGCUAACACAGACUCCAACGGCGCUAUGAAGAUCGUUAACAUGCUCAACGAGCUGUACACGGCUUUCGACGUGUUGACCGACCCGAAAAAGAAUCCUAAUGUUUACAAGGUGGAGACCAUCGGUGAUAAAUAUAUGGCGGUGAGUGGAUUGCCGGAACCCUGUCGUUGUCAUGCACGAUGCAUCGCUCGUCUAGCGCUGGACAUGAUGGAUCUCGCGGCGGAUGAAGUGCAGAUCGAUGGGGAGCCCGUGAAAAUUACAAUUGGUAUACACAGUGGAGAAGUUGUCACCGGUGUAAUCGGACAUCGCAUGCCUCGUUACUGUUUGUUCGGAAACACCGUGAAUCUUACAAGUCGAACCGAGACCACCGGCCAACCGGGAAAGAUCAAUGUGUCGGAAGACGCUUACAGGUACCUCUGUAUGCCCGAGAACCAAGACCCGCAGUUUCUUUUGGAAUACAGAGGUCCUGUCUCAAUGAAGGGAAAAUCCGAGCCUAUGAACGUGUGGUUCCUGUCCAGAGAAAGAGAGCUGACAUCGUAAACUACGGUCGGCAAUGAAUUUUAUAGCAAUAAUUUCGAGAGAUCAGUUUGGGGAUUAGAAUGAAUGUAAUAAAAUUCGUAUAUUUAUUCAAAAGAAGAGAGCUAAUAAUUAGGACGACGUUUCAACAGUGAAUGUGUUUCGUUCAGGGCACUUUUGUGAUCGUGUACCAUAUGUUUAAUUAUAUGCGGCAAAGUUUAUAAAGAGUUUAUUGUAUCGGAACAUCGCCGAUGUUCUAUGAUCGUUCUCAAGUGUAAAAUCGAGCGUCGACAGGCUUCGUCCUCGGCUGGCUGUUCAGCAACCAUGAGUGUACAAGGCAAUCAAAUAUAAUCGUUAUUUAUUUGGCGACA